AAUACGAAAAGGUGCGGAACGAAAGCAAUAAUAUUUUGUUCGAUAAAGAAGUUUGCGACUUUUCCUGAACGAGUUGCAUGGCAACAGCACCAAAAAGACGUCAACAGAAACAGGUUCCCAGGCAACGCGAUUUUCCUUGAUCAGACUAUUCGUUCUAGAACAGAACAAUUUGCGAAGGACCAAUUUCUGGGCAGUGUUUUUAUCAAGGCCGUAGAACUCAAUGUUUCUGGUGAAGCAGUGAAGAUGGGAGAAAGCGCUUGGGGUGGAGGACUAAGCAAGCUUGCCGAGCCGAUUAAAGCUGUGGAGGACAAAUGGAAGCUGUUGCCUGCGUUUCUUCAGACGAAAGGACUGGUCAAGCAGCACAUCGAUUCAUUCAACUACUUCAUCAACACUGACAUCAAAAACAUUGUCAAAGCCAAUGACAGAGUUGUCAGUGAUGCUGACCCUAGCUUCUAUGUCAAGUACUUGAACGUGCACGUGGGUGUGCCGGACGUGGAGGAGGGUUUCAACAUGAGUCGUCCGACGUCUCCGCACGAGUGCCGUCUGCGCGACAUCACCUACUCGGCCACAGUCACCGUGGACAUUGAGUACACGCGCGGCAACCAGCGCGUCGUCCGAAACGGUUUGCCGAUUGGCCGGAUGCCCAUCAUGCUACGGAGCUCCAAUUGCGUGCUGGCCGGGAAGUCGCACGCCGAGCUGGCGCGACUGGACGAGUGUCCGCACGACCCGGGCGGCUACUUUGUCGUCCGGGGCACCGAAAAGGUGGUGCUGAUUCAGGAGCAGCUCAGCAAGAACCGCAUGAUUGUCGAACAGGACAGCAAGGGUCAGGUGCAGUGCCAGGUCACCAGCAGCACGCACGAGAAAAAGUCGCGCACCAACCUCAUCUUCAAGCGUGGCAAAUACUACCUGAAGCACAACACCUUCAAAGACGUGAUUCCCGUGUCGAUCGUGUUCAAGGCGAUGGGUAUCGAGUCAGACCAGGAGAUCGUGCAGAUGGUCGGCACCGAGAGCAGCAUCAUGACCUCGCUGGCCUCCACCAUGGAGGAGUGCCACCGCGCCCAGGUCUUCACACAGAUGCAGGCGCUCAAGUUCAUGGGCAGCAAGCUGGUGCAGAAGAUGUACAUGGGCAGCUUCGGCCAGAAGAAGACGCCAGCGGACGAGGUUCGGCACAUGCUGGCCACCACCAUCCUGGCUCACGUGCCGGUGGAGAACUACAACUUCAAGAUGAAGGCGUUCUACCUGGCGCUGAUGGUGCGGCGUGUGAUCGAGGCGCAGGCUGACGAAAAGGUCAUCGACGACAGAGACUACUACGGCAACAAGCGUAUGGAGCUGGCUGGGUCUCUCGUCUCGCUGCUGUUCGAGGACCUGUUCAAAAAGUUCAACUGGGAGCUGAAGAUGAUCGCCGACAAGAACAUCCCCAAGGUGAAGGCGGCCCAGUUUGACGUGGUGAAGCACAUGCGGCAGGACCAGAUCAGCUACGGACUGGAGCAGGCCAUCUCCUCGGGUAACUGGAUCAUCAAGCGGUUCAAGAUGGAGCGCCACGGCGUGACCCAGGUGCUGUCUCGACUCUCCUACAUCUCCUGUCUGGGCAUGAUGACCCGAGUCAACUCACAGUUCGAGAGGACCAGAAAGGUGAGCGGUCCGCGCUCUCUCCAGCCGUCCCAGUGGGGUAUGCUGUGCCCGUCGGACACGCCCGAGGGUGAGUCCUGCGGUCUGGUGAAGAACCUGGCUCUGAUGACCCACAUCACCACCGAGGCCGACGACACGCCUAUCAUCCGCGCCGCCUUCAAUAUCGGGGUGGAGGACAUCAACUUCCUCUGCGGCGAGGAGCUCAGCCACAAGUCCGUCUACAUCGUCUUCCUCAACGGGAACAUUCUGGGCGUGACGCGCAACUACCGCCGUCUGAUCACGACGUUCCGACUGCUGCGGCGCAGCGGCCUGCUAUCCGGCUUCGUCUCCAUCUACCCCAGCCACAAGCACCGCUGCGUCUACGUCAGCUCGGACGGUGGCCGGCUCUGUAGGCCUUACAUAAUCGUGGAGCGUUGUCGCCCGCGUGUGACGGCCGCCCACAUGGAGGAACUGGCGCGCGGCCUGCGCACCUUCCAGGACUUCCUGCACGACGGCCUCGUCGAGUACCUGGAUGUGAACGAAGAGAACGACAGCAACAUCGCCCUCUAUGAGAAAGACAUCACAUCGGCCACCACCCAUCUGGAGGUCGAACCGUUCACGCUGCUAGGAGUGUGCGCUGGACUGAUCCCGUACCCACACCACAACCAGAGUCCUCGAAACACCUACCAGUGCGCCAUGGGAAAACAGGCCAUGGGCACCAUCGCGUGGAACCAGCGGAACCGGAUAGACACGCUCAUGUACAACCUAGUGUACCCGCAGAAGCCCAUGGUCAAGUCCAAGACGAUCGAGCUCAUCAACUUCGAGCAGCUGCCGGCCGGCCAGAACGCCAUUGUCGCAGUGAUGAGCUACAGCGGGUACGACAUUGAGGACGCUCUGAUCCUGAACAAGGCGUCACUGGACCGCGGCUACGGCCGCUGCCUGGUCUACAGAAACGCCAAGUGUACCCUCAAACGGUACGCCAAUCAGACGCACGACCGAGUGCAGGGCCCGCUGGUGGACGCCGUCACCAAGGAGCCCAUCUGGAGACACCGGGCGCUGGACGCCGACGGUAUCACUGCUCCGGGGGAGAUCGUGGAGAACAAGCAGGUGCUGGUGAACAAGUCGAUGCCGACCAUCACGAUGAACCCGCUGAACGCUCCUGCCGGCGCGCCGCGCCAGGCACCAGAGUACCGAGACGUCCCGAUCACCUACAAGGGCCCGGUGCCGUCUCACAUCGAGAAGGUGAUGAUCUCGUCCAACACGGAGGAGGCGUUCCUCAUCAAGCUGCUGCUGCGCCAGACGCGUCGGCCGGAGCUGGGAGACAAGUUCAGCAGUCGACACGGCCAGAAGGGAGUCACAGGUCUGAUCGUGGACCAGGAGGACAUGCCGUUCUCGGACCAGGGUAUUUGUCCGGACAUGGUGAUGAACCCUCACGGCUACCCAUCGCGUAUGACGGUCGGCAAGCUGAUGGAGCUGCUGGCGGGGAAGGCGGGACUGAUGGAGGGCAAACACCACUACGGAACCGCGUUCGGCGGCUCUCGUGUGAAGGACGUCAGCGAGACGCUGGUCCGUUUUGGCUACAACUACCAGGGCAAGCAGGUGAUGACGUCCGGCAUCACGGGAGAGACGCUCACCGGCUACAUCUACUUCGGACCGAUCUACUACCAGAAGCUGAAGCACAUGGUGCUGGACAAGAUGCACGCUCGUGCCCGCGGUCCACGUGCCGUGCUGACUCGCCAGCCAACCGAGGGACGCUCGCGCGAGGGCGGCCUCCGUCUGGGGGAGAUGGAGCGUGACUGUCUGGUGGCCUACGGCGCCUCCAUGCUGCUGCUGGAGAGGCUGAUGAUCUCCUCAGAUGCCUUCGCCGUGGACGUCUGCAACACGUGCGGCUCGCUCGGCUACUCAGGAUGGUGCCACUUCUGCCAGUCGAGCGGCGCGGUGUCCUCCAUCAGGAUACCGUACGCCUGCAAACUGCUCUUCCAGGAGCUGCAGUCCAUGAACGUGUUCCCCAAGAUCAAGCUGAAGAAGUACUGGGAGUGAGCGGGAAGGUGGGUGGGUGGCUGGGCUACCCGGGUGCACUGCCGUUUGAGAUGCUGUUUAUGGGCGAGCGCUGUUGGUCCUACCAGUCUGAGCUGGUAGUUUUGUGAUAUACGAGUAUUGUGUACCGGUCAAUACACGCCAACGUACCCCGCGCACGGCCGGGUGCGCUGGACAUGACAAUAA